CUUUACCAGAAAAGAAAUUGAAGGAAAGAGGAAAGACCAUGACUCAAUUCAUCAUCUUAUCUCCUCUUCAUCUCUUCAGUGCCACUCCUCAUCAUCCCUGUUCAGAGUCGGAGAAGUAAUGCAAUCAUCCACUCUCUUAUUGAACUCCAACCUGAAUUUCCCGCCAAAGUUGCCCCGUCUCGUGCCAUCUAAUCAAGUCAUUCUCGGUGGCUCUCUUCAUCGUCCUCGAAUGUCGUCUUUUGCCAGUUUCAGGGCCAAAUCAGAGAUGGGUGGCCCUCAGAGCAGCGGAGAAUCUGGUGGAGAUGGUCUUCGGACUCUGAUAGAUUAUGUUGGAAAGGGAGGGGCUGACGUCGGAGAUGACCUUGUGGUGCUGUUCUCUCAUCUACAGUACGCCAGCAAGAAAAUAGCUGCUCUUGUGGCUUCUCCCGUCAAUUCGGUGCUCGGGAAAAAGAUGGGUCUCGCUGGUGGCAGCUUAUCAUCCGUCGCCGGCAGGGAUGCUCCGAAGCCGUUGGAUAUCGUUUCGAACGAAAUCAUCUUGUCAUCACUCCGAAAUUCUGGUAAAGUUGCAGUAAUGGCUUCAGAGGAAGAUGAUCUUCCAGUUUGGAUAACUGAUGAUGGUCCAUUUGUUGUGGUCACUGAUCCUCUGGAUGGUUCUCGCAAUAUUGAUGCUUCAAUUCCCACUGGAACAAUGUUUGGGAUUUAUAACCGCCUCAUGGAAUUAGAUCAUCUACCAAUAAAAGAAAAGGCACUGUUGAAUUCACUUCAGAGUGGGAGCAGGCUUGUGGCAGCUGGUUAUGUUCUUUAUUCAUCUGCUACCAUAUUCUGUGUUAGCUUUGGUUCAGGAACACAUGCAUUCACGCUGGAUCAUUCAACUGGAGACUUUGUUCUUACACACCAAAGCAUAAAAGUUCCUCCUCGGGGGCAAAUCUAUUCCGUAAAUGAUGCACGGUAUUUUGACUGGCCCGAAGGUUUAAGGCAAUAUAUUGACACAAUCAGACAAGGAAAGGGUAAGUACCCAAAGAAAUACUCAGCUCGUUAUAUCUGUUCUCUGGUUGCUGAUCUCCAUCGGACCCUUAUGUAUGGUGGGGUGGCAAUGAAUCCAAGGGACCAUCUUCGUCUAGUAUAUGAAGCAAACCCUCUAAGUUUUCUUGUGGAACAAGCUGGUGGUAGGGGUUCUGAUGGUAAAAAUAGAAUUCUUUCAAUUCAACCAGUUGAGCUGCACCAGAGGCUUCCUCUCUUCCUAGGUAGCCUGGAGGAUAUGGAAGAAUUAGAAAGUUAUGGAGAUGUUCAACAGAAGAUAAAUCCGGGAUAUGAAGUCUGAUGCUGUGCUGAUCUCUAGUGAUUGCUAUCACUCUCCAAAUAUAUGUAGUUUCCUUAUCAUGGAGAAUCAAGGGGUCACCUGAUAUCUCUAUUUGUUUCUUAACCUUUCCAGUUAACACUAGUGAUCUGACCCCCCUCCCUCCGUUUGUUGUAAUUGAAGGCUUUUGUGUAUGAAAAGAACUUAAAAAGCCUAUAAAAUCUUCUCUUUCCCCAAUAUUUUGUGUUUUACAGUCUGAAUGUAGGAACAAUUAUUCCAUUCUGUCUUCAUCAUUCAAAGCCUUAUCCCAACUAUAUGGGGUGUUGGCUACA